CGACGCUACGUGGGCUUUUCCUGAGUCCUACGUCUGUGGCGGAAGAUGGCUGACAGCGGACCCGUGGUAGCGAAAAGAUGCGACUCUGGCUCAGUGGCUUCAGUGAGUAUGGAGACCAUCUCAAGCCUAACGGAGCUGGAGGACCUGGAGAAAGUGUACGAGCAGCUCUGCGCAGAGGAGAAAGAAGUGGAAGUUGAGCUGGACAGACUGAUGGGGCGGGAGGGGUCUAUCCACACAAAGAUGCUGGCGCUGCAGAGGAUGGGGCCAAACUUGCAGCUGAUCGGAGGAGAUGCCAGUCAGCUGUCAGGAAUGAUCACAUUUACCUGCAGCUUGGCUGAAAACGUUAGCCGCAAAGUCAGACAGCUAGACCUGGCAAAGACACGGCUGUAUAAAGUCAUCCAGCGUGCUGAUGACAUCCUGGAUCUGAAGUUUUGCACAGAUGGUGUUCAGACAGCUCUACGUAACGAAGAUUAUGAACAGGCAGCUGCUCACAUCCAUCGAUACCUCUCUCUGGACCAGUCAGUCAUUGAGCUGAGCAGGCAGGGAGAAGAAAGUAGUGCAGUGGAUGCCAGUCUGAUAAUGCUGCAGGAGGCGGAGCAGAAGCUGAAGGUCAUCGUGGCUGAGAAGCUGGAUGAAGCUGUCGCAGCGGUUGACAUAGCACAAGUUGAACGAUUCUUCAAGAUCUUUCCUCUGUUGGGCCUCCACAAGCAGGGCCUGGCCCGCUUUGGACAAUAUCUCUGCAGUCAGCUUGCAUCAAAGGCAGAGGAGAACCUGCACCUGGCUACAGGAGGAGAUCUGGGCGAGAAGCGAGCACUGCUGGUAUUUGCAGACACUCUGACGUUUCUGCUGGAAGGCAUCGCUCGUGUGGUCGAGACUCAUCAGCCGAUCGUAGAGACAUAUUACGGUCCGGGCCAUCUGUACACACUCAUCACUCAUCUGCAGCAGGAAUGUGACCAACAAGUCCAGAAAAUAGUCGACAAGUUCAUCCAGCAGAGAGAAUACCAUAAAAAAUUUCAAAUUGUCCAGAGCAGCAUGAUGAAGAGCAUCCCCGGUGACAGGAUCGAGCCCAGGGAGCUGGACCCUGUCCUGACAGAAGUGACCCUGAUGAAUGCCCGGGCAGAGCUUUACCUGCGCUUUCUACGACGCCGCAUGCUGGCCGACUUUGAAGUUGGGGAUGCUCAGAGCGUCACACAGGAACAUCAGCAGAACGUGGAGAAGCUACUGAAACACUGUUUACUGAGCAGGACAAUGCAAGAACUGAUCGGCUACUACAUCCCGAUGGAGGAGUAUUACAUGAGAGAGUCCGUCAACAAGGCUGUUACUAUGGAUACAUAUGAAAAGGGUCAGCUGACCUCCAGCAUGGUGGACGACUGCUUCUACAUAGUGAAGAAGUGCAUCAGUAGGGCGUUAUCCAGCUCCAGCAUCGACUGCCUCUGUGCCAUGAUCAACCACGCUAACUCUGUGCUAGAGUCUGACUUCAGGGAGGUGUUGUAUAAUAAGCUGCGACAGGGCUUCCCCGCUACAACACUUCAGGACAUCCAGCGCGGUGUGAGCAGUGCCGUCAGUCUGAUGCAGAGCAGCUUACAGCAGGGCAAGUUCAACACAAUGGGCAUCGAGAGCGCUGAACACGCCAAAGCUGCUUUUCUGGUGACACUUAAUAAUGUGGAGGUGUGCAGUGAGAAUAUCACAACUUUAAAGAGGAACCUUGAGAACGACUGCUCCAAGUUGUUCAAUCAGGGCGCCGGCUCUGGUGACCAAGCCAAGAUUGAAAGCUGUCUGUCUGACCUCGUCAACACAUCCGCAAAGUUCAAGGAUCUCUUACAGGAGGGCUUGACUGAGUUAAACACAACAGCCAUAAAGCCUCAAGUGAAGCCAUGGAUCAGCAGCUUCCUGUCCAUCUCACACAACAUAGAGGAGGAGGAGUUUAAUGACUAUGAAGCUAAUGAUCCCUGGGUGCAGCAGCUCAUCAUAAACCUGGAGCAGCUCAUGGCAGAGUUCAAGACGGCUCUCUCUUCAGUUAUCUAUGACACUCUGACCAGCCUGAUGACCAGCUUGAUAUCUAUUGAAAUGGAAAAGACUGUCCUGAAGUGCUCAUUCAGCAGGCUCGGAGGUCUGCAGUUUGAUAAAGAGCUUCGUUCUCUGGUGGCGUACCUCACCACUGUGACCACCUGGACUAUUAGGGACAAGUUUGCUCGUCUCACACAAAUGGCCAACAUCCUCAACCUGGAGCGGGUAACUGAGAUCUUGGACUACUGGGGUCCAAACUCAGGCCCCAUGACAUGGCGGCUGACCCCAGCAGAGGUUCGUCAGGUUCUUGCUCUGCGUAUUGACUUCAGAAGUGAGGAUAUCAAAAGGCUGAGACUGUAACUCACGAAGAAGAGUGCUGGUUUACCAGGGCCAAUGCUCCUGACAAGGAAGGCUUAAUCCACGUUUGUGUAGCUGGACACGGGAAAGGGGAUUUUGAUUUUUUUUUUUCUAGCCUGAAACAAAGAUACUUAUUGCUCAUCCCGCAGAUUUCAGUUGAGUUUUCAGAUUUCUGCUCCCCACCUGGCUGAUAUCAGUCUGCAUCAGAGUGUCAGCUCAGUUUUUAAUGGCAUGUUUUUGUUACGAUGUACAGAUGGUAAAAUGUUGAUUCAAACAAUGUGAAAAUUGUAGGAAUAUUUCCUUUAAUAUGUAAUUAAAAUGUAUAUGUGUCACAUGGGGAGUUUUUACCUGUGACUGGCUGUGGGAAACGAGGACACACUGGGACUAAGAGUGGAGCUCUGGGCUCUGUCAGUGAAACAGAGCAGUAAUGAACAUCAUACCCAUUAAAGUGACAGAAGCAGGUCAGACAGCUGAUCCAGCCUAGUCAUUCAAUAUAUGAAUAGCUCCUCGUCUGUGCUGAUGGAACACUUUUAACCUAAUAAAUUGAGAGCUGCUGUGAAA